AUGUCGUCGCAAGAAGCCAAGCUGCUCAGCGACUUCCUCCUCGCACCAGCACCAUUACGCGACUUCAUGACACUGCGCCAAUUCAUUGACAUCUUCCCCCGCAGCCACCGCGAAAACCUGGCCGUGCAAGAGCUGUACCGUGAGCUGCACCGCCUGCGCGAAGCUGAGAUCGAAGUCGUGCGCAAUGACAUCACGAAAGAAGUGAAGCGGUCGAAGCCGCUGAGACGAGCGUAUGCGCAAGAGAGACGGCAGAUGGACGAUGCAUACGUUGCAGGAAUAGAUCCAGUGGCACUACAGAUGGAAGAAGAGCUUUCCGGACACGGGCGAAAGACUCCGCACACGCUACAGACUGUCUACUCCAGUAUCGAAGAUGCUUGCCAGAGCCUCGAAGCACAGAUUGCUGAGAUGGAAGAGGAAAACCAACGAACUCUAGCCGAAGUCCAGGAAGCUGUCGGUGCCCUGAGUGACUUGCGGCACGGUCGAUUCGCGCAGUCAGCCAGCGGUGAAGACAUUGGAGAAGAGGUGCUGGCUACUCUGAAAAGGCUUGAAGCCGUCUGCGCAAAUCCGGCAGGUUGA